CUGUCAUGGACGAAUGUUGACGUGCAAUUCUGCAUUUUUAUAUUGCUUUUUGCGGGAAAUACCCAAUAUCAACGUUUCUUGAGGUAAUUGACGGCGGAUACCAAUUAAUAUAAGCGCGUAAGUGACGCGCGCAAAUACGAAGAGAAAUGUGAGGGCCGCAGCUCACGGAUUGUAAGUGAAAUCGCGUGAAAUACGCGAGCGUUGAAAUGAGCUCAUGUCAUCUUCAAUGUUGAAGCCCAAGUCGCACCGUAGCCGAUCUUCAAACACAAAACCAAUGAAGUAUGUUCCCUGGGAACCAUGCAAGGGUGCUGUUGGCAGGCUACCCGUUAAUGGACUAUGCAAAGUGAACAGAAGCUCUUCAAGAACCAAACAUUCAGAUAGUAGAGUAGAUGAUAUGAAACAGAAGUUGUUUGAGAUGAAGGACAUCAGCCCCUACAGCUGCAUUCACAUUGACAGACGUUUGCUGGAGGGUGGCAGCGUAGAUGGUGUGCUACCCACAGAUAAUUACACAAUGGAAUCUCGAUCAACGGAUGUGACCGAUAGUGUGCAGCAGUGCUGGCCUGUAUCACAGCAAAAUGGGCCCUUGAAAGACGUGUUGCCAAUUAGUGGGUCUGACAGAAGUUAUGAAAAAAUAAUGUCAUCUACCAGUAUUCAUACGGUCAUGCCAGGUAGCACGGCUGUUGAUAUCUACUCUUCACAUGGAUUCACUCUUGGAGGAGAAGAGCUCGAGCUUAAACACAGACAUCAUCUGUCAGAUAUGGAAAAGAAGGUGUUGUUUGACGAAAAAGACGCUCUAGCCACACAGCUGCAUAUUCAGAUCCAGGUGAAUGCAGAGCUGAAGAAGUUACUAGUGGCAUCUCUUGGUGAAGAUCUGAAUGAACGGGUUGACUGUUUGAUCCAGUCAAACGCUAGACUUGCUACUGAGGUAUCAUCUCAUUCCCACAGGAUAAGGGGCUUGUAUGAGCAGCUAGAGAAACUGUCUAUACAGGGUGAUGUGUGGCGAAGCAAGUUUCAAGCUAGCAGGCUCAUGCUGAAUGACAUCUCUUAUUUGAAAGGUGUUCUAUGUCAGAAAUACCAGCAUUCACAAGAUGUGCUCAGGGAGCUACUUACUGAACAUCAGGAAAUGAGACUUCACCUCAUUCAGACAUACAAGUACCUGAAAGAGGUGGAAGAAGCAUUUAAUCCGUCAAUAACAUCUUAUGGGCAACAAGAACCGUUGGUGCCCAUUAACACAAUGCAGUUAAUUACUGCCAAUCAAAAACUUUCCGACAGCAUCAAGUUCAAGUUGUUAGGCAAUGCUCAGUUGAGUUGUAGAUUGCCUGCCAAUGGAACGGAUUGUGAGGCUGCAGCAACUCCUGGAGAGAAUCGAGCAAUGCAGGUUCUGGCCAAUCAGAUGCAGCUAAGUCCCUACCAUGUAGGCUCGCUGGCCGGUAGUCUUGGAGGCUACCACCCUGGCAACCCUUGCCACGAGGUGACUGCAUUUGAUCGUUGUGCUCACUGCAGGGGAGAGAUCUACAUUGUGUAACGUCCGAGCUUGACGGGAGUAUGCUGAAAUGCAUAAAACAAAGCACACGUGAUAUAUCGUGUGGGUGUGUGGCCCACAAACUGUGGUUAUACUUCUAAGGCUUGUAUUAAACUAAUGUUAAAUUAUCGGUUAGGAGGGCAUCAGCCAUUAGAAUUGCAUAUAGGAUUGUGUAAUUGUAGUGUUGUAGGCUCUUGCCUCUAAACACUCAACUAAACAAGUCUCUUUCUGUUCAUCACACCGGGUCUAAGACCCAGAUGUUUAUUAUUACCGUAAAGUGUUAUAUACACCAUACUGUCGCCAAUCGUGUGUACAUACAAGAUUGCAGUAACAUAACACAUUGACUACACUACAUUCCUCCUCUGCUUGCAUUAAAAAUAUUAUUUGUCUGCGUCAA